AUGUCUCCCAUUAAGAACGUCAUCCAAGUCGGUGCCGCCGGUAACCUUGGCCCCGCCGUCCUCAACGCACUCAAAGCAAACCCCGACUUCAACGUCACAGCUCUUAGUCGCAAAGAUUCAAAAAAUCCACCCAGCGGAGUUAAUGUUGUAACAGCAGACUAUUCAUCGCAUGAAGACCUUGUCUCGGCACUCAAAGGACAAGAUGCCGUUGUCUCAACUGUCGGUGCCACAGGUCUUAAUGAUCAAAUCAAACUCAUCGAUGCUGCCAUCGAAGCAGGUGUAAAGUACUUCAUACCCAGCGAGUUUGGAGGUGAUAUUUCAAACGAGAAGACCCGGACGCUGGCUGUAUUUCGUGGAAAGGUUGCUGUACGGGAGUAUCUUGAGAAGAAAUCUUCAGAGGGCAAGAUCAACUACAUUAUUAUCAACAACGGGCCUUUCUUUGACUGGGGCCUGAAAGUUGGUUUCCUUGGCUUCAACACCGCCGAGAAGAAGGCCACCCUCUACGACGGUGGUUCUGUCCCUUUCAGCACCACUACCCUGGCCUCUACUGGUAAAUCAGUCGCAGUUGCGCUAUCAAAGCCCGAUGUGUUCAAGAACCGUGUUCUCUAUAUUCACUCCGCUGUCACCACCCAGCGUAGCCUCCUAGGCUAUUUCGAGAAACAUACUGGUGUUAAGUGGACAAUUGAGGAGAAGAGCACAGCCGAUGUCGAGAAGGAGACCAACGCCAAGCUUGCCCAGGGAGAUUUCAGCACCAUCUGGAAGCUGAUCUACAGGAGUCUGUGGGGUGAAGGAUACGGUGGAAAGUUCGAGAAUGUUAACAACGAGGAAUUGGGAAUCAAGGUAUUGAGCGAGGAGGAAAUUGAAGAGCUUGUCAAGGGAACUUUGUAG